UAUUAGACCAGUUGAUAACUGGUCUAAUAGAAAUACAAUAGUGGGAAAGGGUAUUGUAUUUCUAUUAUUGUAUUUCUAUUGUAUUGUAUUUCUAUUAGACCAGUUAUCAACUGUAUUUCUAUUAGACCAGUUAUUCUAAUUUUUAAUGAAUAAUUAUAAUCAUUAUUAAAAAAGAAAUAAUUUAACAUUCUAAUGUCUCUUCACUGUCUGUUUCCAUAGCAACUAAAAAAGAUGAUCAUCAACUUGAACCUUAAACCAAAGAAGGUGAAAGCUGUUAAUCGAGGGACAUACGCAUUUGUCACAUUCAUGUGUGAAGAGGAUCGUCAAGAAGCUCUGAGGGUUUUGAAUGGUCACAAAUGGAAGAACCAGAUAUUGAAAGCAAAGCCUGCUAAGCCUAAAGCAGAUCCAAUGGCAGCAAAGAGGAAACAAGAGAGAAGUGAUAAUGAACAAGGAGCUGCUAAGAAAAGCAAGCAAGAGGGUGCACUUACACCUCAAGAAAGAUUAU